CCCAUUCGUUAGGCGGGCACGCAGUGACGUGAACCCGCUUGCUUGUGUAAUUUUUGUUGAACGCUAAGCAGAAACAUUUGCACAGCGGCGAAGGACGGUGUUUUAUCUAGGUCGUCAAGAAAGAAUCCUAAAAUGUUGGCUUCACUUGUUGCAAAAAGAGUGGUAACAGGGAUGUGCCAAUCAGUUUGGAGACCAGCCUUAACAGGGAUGGUCACAUCUCGAGGUUACAAAGGAGAUGCUCCUGAUGACAACAAAGCGGACCUGCUAGAGAUCCCCCUACCCCCCUGGGUUGAGAAGACAGAUGAGCCCAUUGACAUCAAGAGGCGGCGGCUCCUCUAUGAGAGUCGCAAGAGGGGGAUGUUGGAGAACUGCAUACUACUAAGCCUUUUUGCAAAGCGAUACCUGAAUACGAUGACUGAUAGCCAGUUGCAGCAGUAUGACAGGCUGAUCAAUGAACCAAGCAAUGACUGGGAUAUCUACUACUGGGCCACGGAAGCUCAGCCCACACCGGAAGUCUACCAAGGAGAAGUUAUGGAAAUGUUGAAGGAAUUCACAAAAAACAAAAACCACGAACAGAGAUUAGAUGCACCCAGUUUGGAGUAUCUGGAAAAAGGAACCCAGUGAGGUCCUUUACCAUCUGGACACUUCAUUCAGUCUCAUUGAAGGUGCUCAUAUAAAACAUUUAUCUAUUGAAAAACAACACGAAUGAUGCUAGGAAUACAUUGUCACUUUUCCCUCGCUUCCAUGAUAUGAUUUAAAAAUAAAUGGCAUGUUCUCCACUCUUAUUUGCUUUGGCUAUUGUCAGUAGAAGAGGAUGAUGGAAAACAAACCAACAUCUGUUAAUAAGAAAGAGAAUUUUCCGGAUCAAUAUAAGUACCAUGAUCUUAAUAGUUGUGUUAUAAAUAUAUCAGCCAUAACUGUAUUUAACUUGCUUUUUUAUGAGAUGCUUUUUGGGAAAAUAAAAUAUGACAUUUUCUUGUCUGACUUCCUGAUGACUGUAUUGUAAGGUUUUGAAUAAACGUUGAGCUGCUCUUGUGGAAUCAUGA